AUUUGUAAUUUUUCGGUGCAAUUUAGCACUCAUGGUGGGCAUAGCGGGUGCCCAGCACAUGGGGAUCAGAUCGGGCUUACACGGGCACCCCUCAAGUGCACAUCCCUUUCGCUCCUCGCCUGUCACCCCUCAGCUGCCACGAAGACAUACAAAGAAGUCCAAACGACUGCAAAAGAUACAAGCGAUGGCUGGAGACGGAAUCGGUCAGCCUACCGGCACGGUGAUAUCUUUUGGGGAAGCCCUUUUCGAUUGCCUUGCGAAUGAGAAGGGUGUCCCAAAGGAGGAAGUGAAGUCAUGGACGCCCUAUCCAGGCGGUGCACCCGCUAAUGUGGCUGCUGCCAUCGCCAAGCUGAAUGUGAAGGUUGCCUUCAUCAGCGCCCUGGGCAAAGAUGACCUGGCCGAACAGAUGAUGGAUCUGCUGUCAGAGCGGGGAGUGGAUGUCAGCGGUGUGCAGCAGGUGGAUCUGCCGACCAGAGAUGUGCUGGUGGUCUACGACAGCUCAGGGGACCGCCAGUUUGUGGGUUUUGGAGGGCCCAAUGAGAGCUUUGCGGACACUGCCAUAUCAGCAGACAAGCUGCCCCUCGAGGCGCUGCAGAGCGCAUCAGCCCUCGUGACAGGCACCCUUGGCCUCAGCUUCCCAGUCACUGCUGCAGCCAUGCACAAAGCCGUCGAGGCUGCCAAGUCCGGCAGCGCAGUCGUGGUGGUCGAUGUCAAUUGGCGGCCGGUCUUUUGGGACGAUGAGAACCAGGCACCUGGCAUCAUUCUGCCCUAUGUCAGCAAGGCCGACAUCGUGAAACUGUCGGAUGAAGAGGCUGAGUGGCUGUUUGGCCUGUCCGCCUCCGACGCUCUCCAACACCCAGACAAGGUGCUGGAGCAGUUGCCAGGAGUGAAGGGUGUAUUAGUGACUGGGGGUGGGGCUGGGUGCUCCUAUGCAUUCCAUGGGGCUGGUGGCAAGAUAGACUACACAGGCAUCGUUCCUGUGCUCAAGGUGGAGUCCACUGACACGACUGGCGCUGGAGAUGCCUUCUUGGGAGGCUUCAUAGCAUCCCUUGUGAAGCUGGGAGGACUAGGGGCAUUGCAGGCGGAUGCUGACAAGUUGCGACGAGCUGUGGAGUUUGCAGCAGCCUGCGGAGCAUUCACCACUACAAAGCCAGGGGCCAUUGGUGCGCAGCCGUCAGAGCAGGAUGCAGAGAACCUUCUCAAAAGUGCUUCAUUCGCCUCAGCACCUGCAGCUUAGGACGUCUUGUUGAUAUAUUUGGCACCCCCUGUGACAUAAUUCCUUACGUGUGAGUCUUUUUAGUCCUGUGUGUCAAUGACAUCAUUGUUGCUCUGAGCAUAAGACCGGAAAACGGUAUGGAACGAUUGUAAUAACCACAAUAUUGCAAUC